AUGGAAGAAUUUAAGCUCAGUGAUGAUGUAAUUGAGCAAAUAAAAGAUUUUAACUAUUGGAGAUUAACAGAUGAACAAAUAUUGUUAAUUGAUAAGCUAAUAUUAGAUAAUGAAUUAAAAGAAUGUUAUAAACAGAAUGGUUUAUGCAAAGAAUGUAAGCAGCCUCAAAUUACCAAUUAUUGGUUUCAAUGUAAAUUUCAACAAAAUUUCAAAAAUUGGACUAGUGGAAAUGAUAAAGUUGAUAAAUUUAUUCAAAAAUCACAACUUAAAGCUAAAAUAUCUAGUGAAAUUUUAGAGUGGAUUGAAUAUGAUAGAUUUGAAAAUGUUGAAUAUUUGGCUAAAGGAGGAUUUGGAACUAUUUAUAAAGCAAUUUGGAAGGAUGGAUGUAUAAAUAAAUGGGAUUCUGUAAAUAAUCAAUGGAAUAGAAACAAAUAUUGGAUUGAGGAUAGUGAAAAUUUUCAAAUUGAAUCAUAUAAUAAGAUUGUUUCACACUGUGUAGCUGAAUGUUUUGGCAUUACCAAAGAUCCAGAAUCUAAUAAUUUCAUGAUGGUAAUAGAAUAUGUAAAAGAUGAUAAGUUGAAUGAUUUAAAAAAUAUUGCAGAUGGCCUCAAUUCUAUUCAUGAAAAAGGAUUAAUUCAUCAUGAUGUUCAUUGUGGUAAUAUGUUAAAAGAUGGUAAUUAUACUAUUAUUACUGAUUUAGGAUUAUGCCAACCAGCAAAUGUAAAAUCUUCUCAAAAUGAAUAUGAAAAUAAAGUAUACGGAGUAUUACCUUAUGUAGCACCUGAAGUUUUAAGAGGAAGAGAAUAUACUCAAGAAAGUGAUAUUUAUGCAUUUGGAAUUAUUGCAUAUGAAGUCUGUACAGGGCUUCCUCCUUAUCAUGAUAUUGCUCAUGAUAAAAUCUUAGCUAUUAGCAUUUGUCAAGGGCUUAGGCCAAAAUCUAAUUAUAAAAUUCCACAACUAAUUUUGGACAUAAUUAAACAAUGUUGGGAUGCUGAUCCUUUAAAACGACCUAAAGCACAAGAGUUAUAUAAGUUAGUAGAUAAUUUAGAUGAUGAAUUAGAUGAUAGUGAUGAUAGCGAUGAUGAUGAUGAUAGUGAUGAUGAUGAUAAUAGUGAUGAUAGUGAAAUCAAUAAGCAAGUCAAAGAAGCAAAAAGAAUUAAUAAAAAGUUUACUUCUACUUCAUUACCAUAUAACGGUACUACUCUUUCAUAUACUACAAAUCCUCAAGCAAUUUACACGAGUAGACUUUUAGACUUUAAAAAUCUUCCAGAACCAAAAAAUGCUAUUGAUAACAAAGCUGAUGUAGAAUAUUCAGAUAAAGAGAACUAAGGAAGAAAAUUUACAAAUAUUCAGAAUAUAAAUGUCUUUAUUUGUAUCUAUU